ACCAGUGUUGUAGUGACAACCAGUUCCAUAAUUUUUCUCUCUUAGUGUCCAAAGGAUAUAUCCACAGGCAUGUUUGCCCGUCUUUGCAGGCGCUUUGGGAGAGUUGAUGUUGAUGGAGAAGAGUCUAGAGUGAAGCAAAUGAAACCUGAAAGUAAUGAUGGACACAGGACGUGGUCAUGUGGAAUGUGGAAGGCCUGCAGACAAACGUCAUCCCAUGAAACUGUCCUAAACAAGGUGCAGGCCAACGAGAAAGAGGAGAGGCUGAAUAGAGAGCUCGAGCUAACUACCAAGGAGAGAAAUGAGCUGACAGAUCGCCUCCUUUAUGUGACAGGUGGAUCUGUGAACAAGAGCCCCUACUUCAGGCCAAAUCCAUUUUAUGAAAAAUUGAAGAUAAAGGAGAAAGAGGUCAUGUCAUUACUGCACAACUUAGACACAAACAACAUUCAACAUCGUGAGAAAUUUUAGGAGCUCAGGAAGGAGAUUCACUUCUAUCGCAACCUGCACAGCCAGCUCCUGAUGGACCAGGCAUGUAUGAAGAAGAAGUUGGUCACAUUGAAGCAGGAGUGCAAGGAGGUACAGCGAUAUUUGUUUGAGUUGAACCCGAAUGAUGAAGAAGAACGGGAGAAGACCAGCAACCUCCAGACCCAGCAAAAUUUGGUCUCAGAAACUGCAGGAGAGAUGGCAUAGGACGUAUCCCAGGAAGACAGCCCCCUGAAGAAUGAGUUUCUUUCUCAGGAGUUCCCUGUGACGACAAUCCUCACAGUCAAAGACUUUUUUUGGGUGAAUAUUCUUCUUCUCAGUUAAUUUCCUCAAUGUUUAGAGACCCUAAAUUUAUGUAUCUGUAUGCCGGCCUGUCUGAUUGAGGUCUUUCUCCUUUCUCAUACCGACAACACCAUUUGAGAGACAACUGAGGGGACUGCCUUUACAUCUCGUGUUCUAGAGGAGAAACAGCACUACAACUUGUUUCUAAAUGCUCAUUAAGAAAAUGCUGUUAAGAAAUAGUUUUUGAUAUGAUUUUCAUUGAAGUUUUCUUUUUGUUGUUUUAUAGUUAUAUAUUCUUGUUACUGUUAUUCAUUUUUUAACCAUUCUAUCUUCUUUUUUUUCUUCUUUUUUUUUUUUUUUUUUUUCGGAGCUGGGGACCGAACCCAGGGCCUUGCGCUUGCUAGGCAAGCGCUCUACCACUGAGCUAAAUCCCCAACCCCUUUUUUAACCAUUCUAAUUGUUCAUUUUAUCCCUGUUUUUUGUAAAUUGUAC